GGAAGUCAAGGCGAAGUCUCGUCCGUGAGUGCGUGUGCGCGCGCUCGUGCUCGUGCUGGUCGCUACCGAUGUCCUGUACUGCUGUUAUAUCGCAAGUUAAGUAAGAGAAGUAGUCUGUAUAUAAUCUCAUGUUAUAAUCUUGUGUAAUUACUGGAUUACGACAUCGUGUUCAAAUGAAUUUGGCCUGUCAUCGCUUUACGUGUUUCAGAUACUAGAUGAUCGACAAUGAGCGCAGGAGCAUGCCCUGGACACCAGAUGACACUUCCAGGCUGAGCCUCUUUUAAAGAGGAAAUGUAAACCAUCUUUUCCUGAAUAAUUCUGAUAUUCAAGAACCCAAAUCAAAAAUUGCGUCCAAACCAAGAAAAGAACUCCAGUAUCAUCUCAGUAAAACAUGUAUUUCAGUAUGCUUCACACUAACAAAAGCCUAAGGCCUCCAAACUCAAGAGAGCAUAUGACGGAAAUGCGUAGAAAUAUAGUACUGGAACAGCAGGGGUCACGAGAGAGGAAGACAGAGAAAACAAAACAUAUGGAAAAGACAAUGCAAGUAGAAGAGACCGAACCUGGUGUUAUCGUGGAACAGGGAGAUGAGUUAGGAUGCGGGGAUGAGUUAGCACAGGGAAUUGAUUUAGAUUUUGUCGAGGGUUUAGAAGAAGGUGAGACAUUUCAGACAUUUAAGGCUGAGGAAGAGUCAAUAGACCUUCUCUCUGAUUCAUGCAGUAAGAGAGAUGUGGACGAUAAUAUAGAGACAGAACAGAUUGAAGUAGAGGACACUGGAACGAUAGCAUGGAGACUGACUAAAAAUGGUGUAUCAACAUCACAUAAAAGGUCUAAUGAUGUUCAGUUGGCUUCUAAUGCAGUUUAUGGAUGCACUGCGUGCACAGACAGAUUCCUGUAUGAUGAAAUUUGCAUAAAUAAAACUUUCAUUGAAGCAUUUUUCCCAAAUGGUACAUUUCCAGGCAGAAUGUUUUCCAGUGAAGAAGACAUAGAUGGGAUGUUCCCUGAUAUCUGUGAUGCUGGUGAGGCGUUAGCAGACAAAGAUGGACUUUCCGAGUGUGACCUUUUUGAACAAACAGAACCUUUCCAAAUAACAGAAACAGAGGAGAGCGCCAAUGGAGAUGUUAUGAUGCUUACUUUGGAGGAGGGAUUGAACGGCUCUGAUUUGUCUUCAACUUCCAUUGAGGAAGAGGAUGAUGAAAUACAGUUAGAAAAAGAGCAAAUGGAUGAUAAAGGAAACCAUUAUUUAUCAGAUGACAGUGCAUCUCAGGAUCCUUCAGCUGCUAUUGACUCUCCUGACUGUCCUUCAUCAAAGAGUGAAGGUGAAACUCUCCUUGAGUCCGAUCUGACUUCUUUUUCAAAUUCUUCUUCUUCCUCUCAGCCAUUUGGCUCUGAGAUGGUCUCAGAUGAUGAUGUAGCAGAUGCAAAUCACAACUACUGUAGCAAAUAUGUGGUUAAGCAUGAUGAUGCCAUACCUUCCACCUUAAAUCUUGAUGCCAUCAACGCUCUUUCACUCAUUCAGCAGCAACCUGAAAGCCAAGGCCGAAGUUUACAACAAAAUCAAGAAGAAGAGAGUGUUGGGGAAGAACAAGAAGAAGGAGUUGCAAGUGACCACUUGAGUAGAUCUGAGGGAAAAGAACUCACAGUAGAUCAUGUGUAUGAAGAAACAGAGCCAAAAAUCCAAGCUAAAGACUUCCUUCAGAACAGGAAGUACUUGAUGACUCGCUCUAUAUCUGUGGAAACCCCCAGGAAGAGAGUUGACCUAAUGAGUAGCCCUGAAACAGGAAAUAGGCGGCUUAUGCUACACCCAGGCUCCUUCUAUACAGAUCAGUGUUCAAUCGGAGAUAGUAGACCUGCACUGACAGGCUCAUUAGGAUGUCUUUCACAAGGCACCUCAAAAUUAGUUAAUGCCACACGAGUCGAUAUACCACCCCCUUUUGAACUUGCAUCCAUCACAAAACGACCAAUCAGAAAAAGCUCUCCAUCCCUCACGAACGAAGUCUCCGCUUCUUGCAAGAAGCCUGAUUUUGGGUUCAAGCGAUACCUUCUGCCAUUACGAUUCCUUAGGAAAUCAGAUCGUAAAAGUGUGAUGGAUAAUCGCUCAAUCUCCUCCAGGUCCUCGUCUGAGUCAAGUCCGCAAGGUUCAUGCAAACGCUUGGACUUUAUCAGGCAUAACAUUGGCAGCCCUGAUUUGCAGAGCACUCUAGAUUGCAAUCCAUCUACGUCACCUUCUUCCUUUGUCUUUCAAAAGAAUAGACAAAAACAGGGACUAAACUUCACCCUUAAUAAUGAUUUGGCUUCAAGCACCAUUUCUAUGGAACUAGGCUCCCUCUUUGAGCCCCAUCCCCUUUCCAAACCUCGAUCUUUUUCCUCUCCCAAUACAGACUCUUCAGAUUAUGAGAAUGUUGAAAAUGCUGUGUCUCACUAUGAGAAUGUGCAAAUUCGCCUCCUGAAUCCAGUCAUUCAGAGUCAACGAAAUCAGAGUUCAACGAGUGAUACUGAUGGUUAUGUGGAUAUGAGCAGUCUGCCAGGCUUCCAGGGCAGAAGUCAGCCAUCUGAGCAAGAAACAGAUAGCCUCUACACUUUCUGUUCUCCUAAUGUGAGACAAGAUGGAACAGUAGGUGUGUCUGUGGGUGUGGCUUGUACACAAGAGAAAAAGACCAAGGCAUCUGACAAACUGACUGUCAACUGUUCCAGGGCUUUCUAUAGUGCCAAAGAGCUUCUGGAUAGUGAGGCCCAGCAUGUUAAGACUUUACAACUUCUCUGUGAGUCAGUUGAAGCAGAUGAGAGGAUAAUGACAGUGUGGACAGAGCUACCUGAUAUUUAUACUCUCCACCAAAGCAUCCACACAUUACUGGAGACUCGCCUUAAAGAAUGGGAUCAGAAUGAAAGCAUUGCUGAAAUCAUCCUGGCAAAGAAGAACGAGUUUUCCAUUUUCUCUUCUUACAUCAGUCAUUAUGAUGAAAAAUUGAAUUAUCUGGAACACAUACAAAGCACACUACCAGAUGCAGUGACCCUAAAAAAGCAGUUGCUGCAGGUCAUUGUGCGUAUCCUGCAGUACCGUAUGCUGCUAACAGAUUACCUGAACAACCUCUCACCAGACUCCAGAGAGUUUGAAAAAACACAAGAUGCUUUGGUUGUGGUCUCAGAUAUUGUGCAUCAUGUUAAUGACAGCCUUAAGAAUGGAGCGGAUCUCCUGCGUUUGGUCCAUAUUGAACACAGUGUUCUGGGUCUGACAGAUCUCCUACAGCCUGGAAGAGUGUUUGUGAAAGAGGGCACCUUGAUGAAAGUCAGCAGAAAGUGCAAGCAGCCACGUCACCUUUUCUUGAUGAAUGACACAAUGCUGUACACAUAUCCUCAGCAAGAUGGCAAAUACAGACUCAUCAACAGAUUACCUUUGGCAGGGAUGGAGGUCAGCAAGCCACCUAUAGAGAAUGGUCAGACUGCACUGAAGAUAGACGUUAAAGAUAUAAGCAUCACUUUGUCUGCCAACUCGUGCAUCGAACGAGAUGGCUGGUUUGUUACACUGAAUCGGACAUUAGUGAAUCUUGGCCCCAUAUCAGGAGACCCAGUGGACUGUUUUGGGUUAGUGGACGGUCCAGAGAUAUGUCUGGGCGAGAACGCUCCUCCUCUUCUGUCUGUUUCCCAGGUGACAGUUUGCAUGAACUGUCACUCACAUUUCAGUCUUACAAACAGACGCCAUCACUGCCAUGCCUGCGGCAAGGUUGUUUGCAGAGAUUGUUGCAGGAACAAAUCCCCCCUCAAAUACAUGAAGAACAGACGUGCCAAAGUGUGUGAUCAUUGUUACAGUGAGCUUCGUAAGCAUGAUGCUGCCACACUAACAGAGAGCUGCAGUCGACCUCUCUCUUCUGUCUUCCAAAACAUUCAUCCAUCAAGUCUAUGGAAGAGCCGCAAAGGCCAACUGUCGUUCAACCAGGAAACAGUGUCCGAGGGGGUGAUGAGUGGAACGCUGCAGAGGUGCAGGAACAGCAAGAGAAGUUGGAGAAGCCUGUGGUUCCUCCUAAAAGAUAAAGUUCUCUACACAUACCCACAGCCUGAGGAGAGGGUUGCAUGCGAGACCCUCCCUCUGAUGGGUUUCUCUGUAAGGUCAGAGGUUGAAGGGGAGAGCAGCAUGUUUCAGCUGUACAACAACAGCACUCUCUUCUAUACUUUCAGAGCCCAGGACAGUCACGUUGCACAAAGGUGGGUCAAUGCCAUGGAAGAGGCUACAGUCCUGUAGCAUCAGCUGUCCUGCUUUUGUCUUCUCAUAUGAGCAAUUAAAUCUGUUAUUGAUCAUUCAAGAGCAAAGCAUUUUCACAUCACAUUCAAAAAUCACUACUCUGUGUUACUGGGAGUGUAAUCAACCAUCCCUACGCUAAUGUGACGCAACAGGCAUAUUUUUGGAAUACCAAGGGAACAAAAUGCUCACACUCAGACAUUUAUUUUGUGCCAAAUACUUCUUCUAAAGACACACUUUUAAAGGCACACUGUAGCAAGCACUUCCAGCGUGAGAUGUUGCUUUACUUAACCAUUAUACAAUGCGAUAAUAUAUUAUGCAAUACCCCAGAGCACUAAAAUAUAUUAGUAAUAUAUAUAUAUAUAUAUAUAUAUAUAUAUGUAUACUGCUGUCAGUCAUUUGGACAGUGACUUCUACAAACUAAUUUUAGAUUGAGGAUUUAGCAACUGAGCUGGUAUUCUCGUUGCACUUGAUGAUGUAAUGUUAAAUUUACUUAUCUUUUGUCCAAAAUGCCAAUCUGUUCACUUGCCAUGUUAUAUUUACAAUACGAGGGCUUAAUGCAUAUUAAAGAUGAAAGUGUAAGAAGUUUGUCAGAAGGAUUAAUUGUCACUAUAUUAUUGGGGUAAACUUCAAUUGAUUGUAGUGUCAUUGUGUUCAUUUUGGGUUUUCAAACCUCAUUAGUGCCUCAACUUCCUUUUUCAUCCUCCAUUGUGUGUUGCUUCUCUAAUGUGGUUAUGCAUAUGAUACCUGCAGAGUUGACCACUGUUGAAAUAACACCAUAACAAUAUGGUAGUCAGAGCUUUGUAUAAUGGUUCCCUAUAAGGUUAAUUUCAAUUCAGUUCUACGCUAUGUGUAUUUCAUGAGGCAAAUGCAGUUUAGGAUUAGAUAGAGAAACUUUAGGAUAAACCAAGUUUAUAAUUAUCUCUGUAACUCUUCUGAACCCCUAAGUGCUGUUUAAGUUUUAUUUUCAUUGACAGCCAGGUUGAGUCCACUGAGAGUGAAUUUUAGAAAUGCGAUUCAGUAAUUAAGUAUCUUCAACUCGGUAAUUAAAGAGUGUAUUACAGAUUGAGACUGUGUGUGAGAGGGAAUUGAAGAAAAGGGGAGGGCUGGCAUUGCCCUGCUUCCUCAUCCCCAGGAGACAAUGUGACCCAGAACAGAGUGAGAGAGCACGGAUAAGAGUUUGUUUUCUGGAGUACCUGAAAGUUACGGACACCUUGUCCCAAAUAAGAGACAUAUUCAUCAUUAUAACUCCCUUUAUCCCUUUCUCUUCAUUUGCUUUACAUCAUCCAUUCUACCUCCCCAUUUUUCUCUUCAUAUAUACAUAUCUAUAUAUAUUUGUGUGUGUGUGUCUGAAUAAAUAUGAUCCAAAUUAACCAGGUUUAUGUAGAAAAAAUGCUAGGCUGUAAUCAAGUUCAUUACUGAGCUGACGAUAUGCAGUAUAGGCCUACACCCACAUGGAUCUUCUAUCAAGUUAUUAAUAAUCUUUCUUGUUAGAUAACAUACAUUUGCAUAUUGA